AUGGCACCAGGCCUGAACCUGACACCAGAUCUGAACCCAGUACCUGGUCUGAACCCAACACCGGAUGUGAACACAGUACCUGGUCGGAAUCCCACACUGGCUCUGAACCCAGUACCCGGUCUGAACCCGACACCGGAUGUGAACACAGUACCUGGUCGGAAUCCCACGCUGGAUCUGAACCCAGUACCCGGUCGGAAUCCCACAUCGGAUCUGAACCCAGUACCCGGUCGGAAUCCCAUACCGGAUCUGAACCCAGUACCCGGUCUGAACCCGACACCAGAUGUGAACACAGUACCUGGUCGGAAUCCCACGCUGGAUCUGAAUCCAGUACCCGGUCAGAAUCCCACAUCGGAUCUGAACCCAGUACCCGGUCGGAAUCCCACACCGGAUCUGAACCCAGUACCCGGUCUGAACCCGACACCAGAUGUGAACACAGUACCUGGUUGGAAUCCCACACCGGAUCUGAACCCAGUACCCAGUCGGAACCCCACGCCAGAUCUAAACCCACUACCCGGACUGAAUCCAGCCUCGGAUCUGAAUCCAGUUCCCGGUCUGAACCGGACACCGGGUCUGAACCCAGUACCCGAUCUGAAUCCCACACCGGAUCUGAACCCAGUAACCGGUCUGAAUUCCACACCAGAUCUGAACCCAAUACCUGGUCGGAACCCGACACCAGAUCCCAACCCAGUUCCCAGUCUGAAUCCGACACCAGAUGUUAACCCAGUACCCAGUCGGAAUCCCACACCGGAUCUGAACCCAGAACCCAGUACCCAAACUGAAUCUGACCUCGGAUCUGAAUCCAGCUCCCGGUCUGAACCCGACACCGGAUCUGAACCCAGUACCCAGUCUGAAUCCAACACCGGAUCUCAACCCAGUACCCGGUCUGAAUCCCACACCUGA